UUGCUUUGGGUUAAUUUGAGAUAUAAUACACACUACCAAUCACUCAAAAUGAUAGAUUAUCAAUCUCUACUAAAUAUGAGAUAGUUAACAACGAAUUGUCUACCCAAUUUUUGUUCUAUCUUUGUCCCUCAUAACUUUCCUUUAUUCCAGUAUUGCCUUCGUCUACAAUUCAUCUCUCAAUCCCCAAAAUCAAAAUUCUAGAUAAUAGAAAAAGGAGAACAACUCCUCUGCUAUGUUUGACGAUAGUGGAGGCUUUCGAUUUCGUGUCCGCUGGUGGUGGCAUGGGCGAUUCAUUUUGCUCCUAUCCCUCGCCUCUGUAGUCUGGAUAAUUUUCGUUAGUCAGAACAGUUCUCUCACUGUUCCUACUCAGAGUAUGCGACACUGGAAUCUCGCCGCCUUCGUCUGCUUGAGACCAAAUCUCGCUUAUACAACUCCACCUGCUGCUUAUAUAUGACAUGUUUGUAUCUCCCACAACUAGAAACACUACUCCAUUGCCUCUUCUCACCUCCAUUCAAAAAUGUCGGGUGUUGUCGUCGGGAACCGCCAAAUUCGGGAAGCUACAUCUGACGCACAUCCAAAACUCAAUUUGAGCCAUUCAAUCUUGUAAUCGGUCGCCAAUAGUAGCCUCAAGCAACAAUGCCACCUUCUCCAUAUCGACAAAAUCAAAGCUCCAAAUCUGGCAUGGGACUCCACCACCGCCCUAUCUAUGGUUUCGGGUUUUAAGCAGAGCUUCUCUUCACUCUAGGGAUUCGACAAAUAUCAAGGAAAGAGAAACGAGAUGAGUAAAUGAAGGAUAAAUAUGUCAUUGAUUCUAAAAAUUGUGCUAUUUUUUAUUUAUAACAAAAACACAAUCUAAAACUCCAAACAAUGUAUUUUCCAAACCCAUACAUUUAAUCAAUAUAUCAAAUUAUAAUACACAAAUUGAUUAAAUGCAUCAAUUUAGAGAAUCCCAACCUCUUAACCACCCCAUAGAACACAAUAUAUUGCUUGAUUUUGUACGCCAACGAUUCAUCCGCCACCCACCCAAAUUUUAAGGUUGACUAAAAAGAUGAUACCACCCACCAAUAUCCAACAAAUACGUAAUGAGUGAGUUAUAAUUAAGGGGUCGUUUGGAUGAAACAUUUUCAAAAUGAGACAAUUGUACAGAAUUGUAUUGUUUGAUUUGUUAUUUGAUACAAUUAGGAUGAAACAUUUUCUGAAAGUACACUUUUUCCCUCAUUCUUUUACCCUCCGCCAUCUUCCUCUCUUUUUUUUGACAAGGAAACCGAACCUCCAUCUUCCUGUCUUAGUGGGGAAACUGGUGUUUUUGCAGGGAGGAAAUAAGAAACAUUCUGAUGCAGUGCAAGGCUGACGGUGGCGCAAGACAAAGCAAGGGGAAUGGCGAAUCUCCAUCAUAGCACCACCACCAAGGCGGCAGAGAGGGGACGAAAUAAAAUAAAAAUGAAAAAGAAAAGGUCGGUUUUUGAAAAAGGAAACAAAAAACAGUCAAUUGGGAAAACCUCUCCCCCUACCCAUAUAAUUUCUGGAUUUCUAUUUGAAAAUACCCUUUUGCCCCUGCCCCAUAUAAUUUUUGGAUUUCUAUUUGAAAAUAAUGAUUAUUUCUAGACAAAGUACAUACGCAUAUAUAUAAUCGGGCGGGUUUGGGUUGGAUAAUAAGAAAACCAUGCCCGCUCAUUAUCCGCACUAUUAGGGUUCGGGUUUUACCCAUACCCACUAAAAGUCCUUCGGAUUCGGGUUUUACCCUACCCGAUUAAGUCGAAUUCGGAUGGUAUCCACGGUUACAAAUAUUUUUGCCAUCCCUACCGCCCAUAAGUUCAUAAAAUAUAAUAAAAUAAAAUAAAAUAAAAAAGAGAAAGGGGAAAGAAGGAAGCAUAAAGAGAAGAAGGGCGAUUGUUUGCUCCCGUCUCCCGCCGACCGCCGUCUGAACGAGAGAUUGAAGAACGGGUGUUCUACCCGUCGCCGGCAAUGACCCGUCCCAACCUCGUCAGAGAUGGGUUUUCAACUAGUCAAAUGAGUAAACCAAGAACCCGACCCGACAACUCUCUUCUUCCUCUUCUGACGGUUGUGGCGAUGGCGAUUCCUUCUGCUUCCUAAAGAUCGACAGAAGCAUACGACAACAUCAGUAGAGAUAGGAGGCUGGAUUGGAGAGGAAUUCAUUAACGACGGUCGGAGAAAUUCAUUAUUGGGCUGCCGAUUUCCGUCAUGGCUUCUCUUUGCAGUGGCUGGGAUUUAUUGAUGGUGGUCGGAGGUUGGAUUGGAGGAGAGGAAUGAGUGAAAUUUAAUGGCAAGGGUAAUAGUGUAAUUUUGUUAUGAUCUAGGGGCUAAGACGAUAAAUUCAAAUUUUUAGGGCGACGAAUAAUAACUCCCAAUGAUUUCAAUUGGCUCAUAAUAGAGCAAUCUACAUUUC